AUGUCCUUUACCGAGAAGUUCCAGGCUGGCGAAGCAUAUGGUGAUCCGCAGAGGGAAUCAUCCAACUUCUUCGCCGACCCCACUAAGCUGGUUGAGCUCAUCAAGGGGUUGCUGCAGAAAGGAGAGCCCCUCGAUGACAAGAAGGGUACAACCGAGCUUUUAAUUGGCAUCCUCACCUCCCUUCCCUCUACGUCUAGCACUCGAACCAAGCUCACCAACAAACUCAUUGACACCCUUUGGGACAAUCUUCAACACCCGCCCCUUAGUUAUGUUGGUGGCGAUGUCAAAUAUGAGGUCAUUAACUCGGAAGGGCCUAUCUACAAGGAAAAGCCGAAGCCAUACGACUCGAUCGAGUUCAAGGCUCCAGAUAGCGAUAUUAUAUUGCGAGAGAGAGUCCCUGAAUCUCCAGAUGGCCUGUACCAAUAUAGGAUGCCUGACGGAAGCUUUAACAAUAUCCUCCAGCCCAACCUGGGCAAGGCUGGCACUCCUUACGCUAAGACAAUUAGAACCGUCAAACGCCUCUAA